AAAAAAGUUAAAAUUAGCACCUCGCACUGAUCCCGAGUCCGACGUUGACCUCUUACUGUACUUCCAGGACUGGGCCAGGACGGUAAGCAAGUCCGCUAAGCUUUCGCAUACGAAGCGUGAUUACGAGCAUGGCUUCCAACAUUAACGAGCCUGCCAUGAAAAUGCCUCGUCAAGUGUCUCGCGACGCGUUCUCCACAUCAUGGAUCCAGUCUCGGUAUGUUCUAAUGUCAUGAACAUCUCAAUUCAUGUGAACAUACCGUGAGGCGCGGCACCACUUCGUCAGCCUCCGCAGUAACUCUUAGGAGGCCUCCCCUGGUCUCCCAGGUAUCCCCCAGGUACCAUCUCACAUCGACUCUGAUCACAGCCACCACCUAUGCGACAGUACAGGAGGUAGAGUAUAAAACCUGAACAACAUGUCUGAACAACUCUUCAAGUCUUUUGCUAUCAUCGGCGCGGGCCCCAACACCGGCAUCCAUAUCGUAAAGGCCUUCCUUGCUAUUGGCAAACCACUUCUCGUCAUCGCCCGCCCAACCUCCUCGAACGUCGCUGCCCUCCCCACCGACGAUCCUAACCUAAAGCUUGUGCGCGCAAACUACACAUCUGCAUCUGAGAUAUCCACAGUGCUCCGCGAGCGCAAAGUAGACGUCCUCAUCUCGACCGUCACACUCGUUUUCGGAGGUGUAGUCAGCCAGAACAUUCUCGCCGACGCUGCCAAGGAAGCAGGCGUGAAGCUCUUGGUCCCCAGCGAAUUCGGUAUCAAACCGCAAUUGGCCAAAGGUGGUUUAGCUUUCCAAAAGACUGACUUUGCAGCUUAUGCAAAAUCAAUCGGACUCCCAACUCUCCGCGUCUUCAAUGGAUUGUUCUACGAAUUCGUACCCUGGCUCACCGCGCUCGCUGACACCGGCAAGUUCCACAUCGUGAACAAGGGAGAAACGAAAGGGUCCUUCACUGCAGUAUCAGACGUCGCAGGAUACGUCGCUCACAUCCUUACUACUCAACCUCCAUCUCGUCUACUUGACGCCGAAAUCCAAAUAGAGGGACAACGCGCAACGCUCUCAGAGAUCGGUGCAUUGUAUAAAGCCAGUGCACCUGUGGUAUAUUGCGAUGCCCUUCCUACGGAAGGUGUGGUCAACGCGCACUUUAGGACGUUCUUCCAGAAGCAUAUUGGGGUCGGGGGAGGAAGUUGUGGGUGGAACCCUGUGACGGAGUCGGACGACCCGGAAUCGGCUAGCAGGGACAAUUCCUUGUGGGAAGGGCACCACUGGUUGACUGUUGGGGAGGCUCUUGGACUUUGAUUGGAUCCACGUAGAAUUUCUGGACUCUUACCAUGGGACUCCGUAGCUUACUCACAGCAUUUAUGUUUUCCUACCAGCAGUUAAUUUAUCACUAGAUCAUGCACGAAUGAAGAUAGGACUUUACAAUUUUAUUUGUUCUGCUUCAUUUACCAGGGUCCAGUACUUCAUGUACCGCAGA